UAAUGACAGCAGGCAGCAGGAUCAAACAGAUUAUUGUGUGGAAUUCGCUGAGACCUAUCGAACUUAGCGAUUCAUCGUAAAUUUGGUUACAAUAAAGUGAAAUAACAUUAUCCACGGUGCACUAAACGUUUAUUUGUUUCUUUUAUUCAUUGGCUUCACAUCAAAAUUUAAAGUGAAUAAAAAUUUCUUGCGACACGGUUAACCCAUCAGCUUUCACAUUAUUUCGUUUCUAUAUGAUUAUUUUCACAGAAAUUAACGGGUGCACUAUAUAAGAUAUUUGUUUUCGACUUCUGCAAUAGUGUUAGAUGUUUACGUUAUCCAGUAUUCGUGGUGUUCUAUGUUUAUGCCUGGCUAAAUUAGAAUCAAUAUUGCAUUUGAACCUAUUGUUGUGAAAUGAGUGUGCAUAUUUAGUAUACCACUAUCAAGUUAUGAGCACCUGAUGGAAGAUUAGCAUCGCCGCCGAAGCUUAGGAAUUUCAUACCAAAUACCAUGGGGAGGUUUUCGGGUAAAAAAUGCCGACUAUUGUCGAUGUUAUGGCUGACUGGCAGCUUCUUCUUUGUGGAGCUGAUUGUCGGCUACAUCACCAACUCUAUGGCCCUAGUUGCAGAUUCAUUUCAUAUGUUAAGUGAUGUUGCCGCACUUGUUAUCGCAUUUUUAUCAGUUAAGAUGUCGCCAAAGAAAUGGUCAAAGAACACAUUCGGGUGGGCCCGUGCCGAAGUGUUGGGCGCGUUGGUCAACGCAGUGUUCCUAGUUGCACUGUGUUUCAGCAUAACUGUUGAGGCAGUCAAGAGAUUUAUAGAGAUUGAAAUGAUUCACGAUGCCAGACUGCUGGUCGCCGUCGGUACUCUCGGUCUGCUGCUCAACAUCGUUGGCCUGUUCCUAUUCCAUGAUCAUGGUGGUGGUCAUGGGCACUCCCAUGGCGGGGUCCCACCGCCAGCAAAUGUAAGGCAUCUCACGGAGAUCGUGAACAGUAAUGCUGACAUGGCCUUGGGUCAUAAUGCUACGGACACUGAAGAAACUGACGAGAUGGUCCCGCCGAAGCCCGACAAAGUACCAAAUAAUAAGAAGCAGACUCCAUGCAGAGCGGCGCACGACCCCGGACACAUGAAUAUGAAGGGCGUGUUCCUGCAUAUCCUAUCUGAUGCUUUAGGUUCCCUAAUUGUAGUUGGUUCAGCUUUAGUAGUAUGGCUGACGGACUGGGAGUACAAGUACUACAUUGACCCCGCGCUCAGUAUAGUGCUAGUCAUCUUGAUACUUGCGUCCGUCUGGCCCCUACUCAGGGAGUCUUCGUUAAUUCUACUACAAACUGUGCCAACACAUAUUCAGGUGGAUGCGAUACAGAGGCGUUUGUUGGAAAAAGUCGAUGGCGUUCUAGCAGUCCAUGAGUUCCACGUGUGGCAGCUAGCUGGAGACAGAAUCAUCGCCAGCGCUCAUAUUAGGUGUAGAAAUCUAUCGGAGUACAUGAAAAUAGCUGAGAAAGUGAAGGAGUUCUUCCACAACGAGGGCAUACACUCGACCACUAUACAGCCGGAGUUCGUAGAGCUGCCACUAGGUGGAAAUGAGGUAAACACACAUAUUUUUAUAAAAAAACAACCUUAAUUCUAUAUGAAUAAA